AUGAGCUCUUCUCUCGAGGCUAAAAUUGUUGUCCUCGGCGCCCAAGGCGUCGGCAAAACCUCCCUUGUCGAUCGCUAUGUCAAGAACGACUUCAACCCCUCCGCUACAGCCUCGACUGUGGGCGCCUCCUUUGUGACGAAGCGCGUCCUCGACAGCUCCUCCGAUACCAUCGUUCGACUUCAGAUCUGGGAUACAGCCGGUCAGGAACGUUUCCGCAGCAUCUCUCGUCUCUACUACCGCGGCGCCAAUGCCUGCCUUCUCUGCUACGACAUUACCGACGAGCAAAGCUUCCAAGAAAUGACCGGCUGGCUAGCGGAAUUGAAGAAGAACAUUGUUGAAGACGACCCCAUUGUGAUUCACGUCGUCGGAACCAAAACCGAUAUUGUUACCCUUGAUCCCUCUCGGCGAAGAGUCCCCUUCGAACGCACCAUCGCCUACGAUAUCGGGUGGGAUUGUUGCCAUGAGAUUAGCGCCAAGGAUGGUGAGGGUAUCGAGGAGGUAUUCCGGGUCAUAACGCGGAAACUGGUCGAGCAGCGCAAUAAACGGGAAGCGGGAACAAGUUCAUCGCAGCGAUCAUCGACGGUUUUUGACGGAACGACGUCUUCUCUGACCCCCGGAAAUAUCGAUGGGAAUGGGAGCUUUCGCUUGGGGUACGGGGACAAACGCCGCAGCUGGUUAGGAUUUCCGCCCAGUAGUGUGGGGGAUGAAUUGGAAGAUAUUGUGGAGGGUCCUAAGCGAAAAGGAGGACAGUGUUGCUGA